AUGAAUCUGUUACGUUGCCAUUUAUGGUCAUUGAUAUUUAAUAAAUAUAUUCAUCAAAACAUAGUUUGUCUGCGAACUAUUCGUAUAUUGGGAAUUGAAACAAGUUGUGAUGAUACGGGUGCAGCUGUUAUUGAUGAUCAAAGAAAUAUUCUUGGAGAAUCAAUUCGAAAUCAAUUACAAUAUCAUCAAAAAUUUGGAGGCAUCGUACCAAAUAUAGCUAAACAACAUCAUUACGAAAAUUUAGUACCAGUUGUAGCUGAAGCAAUGAAUAAUAUCGAAUGGGAUUCCAUAUCAGCCAUUGCAACCAGUAUUCGACCUGGUCUAAUUAUAUCAUUAUGGCAAGGUGUUAAUUUUACUCGUCAAUUAUUAUUUAAAUAUAAUAAACCAUUUAUUCCUAUCCAUCAUAUGGAAGCACACGCAUUGACAGUACGAUUAACACAUGAUGUUGAUUUUCCAUACAUGGUUUUAUUAGCCAGUGGUGGCCAUUGUAUAUUAGCUAUUGUCGAAGAUGUUGAUAAAUAUUAUAGACUAGGUGAAUCCAAUGACAUAUCGCCAGGUGAAACACUUGAUAAAGUCGCUCGUGAAAUGAAUUUAAGUGAACAUCCAAGUGUCAAGGAUCUAGUGGGUGGUGCCGCAAUAGAAUAUUUAGCUUUACAGGGUGAUUCUUCAAUAUUCAAUUUAAUUACAUCUCAAUAUUCUGCAAAAUCAAAAGAUUGUUCGUUUACAUUUGGUGGAAUGUUAUCAGCAGCUAAAAGAUUAAUCACAAAACAUCAAAUAAAAUAUGAUUCGUCAAUGUUAAAUGAUCAAAUAUUAAAAGAUUUAUGUGCUUGUAUUCAAACAAGUGUUGUCCGUCACAUUGAAACAAGAAUACAUCGUGCUAUACUUUAUUGUGAUUAUAGAGAAAAUUUAACAUGGAGAAAAACACUUGUUCUAUCUGGCGGAGUAGCAAGUAAUCUUUUUUUAAGAAAACGUUUAAAAGAUUUAUGUGAUUAUUAUUCAAUGAAACUUGUUUGUCCACCACCGAAAUACUGUACCGAUAAUGGUGUUAUGAUUGCCUGGAAUGGUGUUGAACGGUUUAGACGAAAUUUGGGUGUUAUAUCAGCAGUGGAUGAAAUCAUUCCAGAAGCUCGAUCUCCAUUGGGCGAAAAUAUUAGUGAACACGUUCGAAAUGUCGAUAUUCACGUACCAUUUGACUGGGAAAAAGUGAAAAAAAAUAAAAAAGCUUAG